AUCCUUUACUGCGAUCACGCAUCAACGACUGAUGAGCCCAAAUGGUUCAACUUAUCCUCUGGAUGGUAUUGUGGAGCUCCGUGGAGCGGGAAACAUCAUUAAAGAACUACGGGUGUGGUAGCUGAUGACGUGUGGUCAACUAGGAGCGGUGGGCCGAGUUCUGAUCACUGCGCACGAGGUGGAUCACGUUGUAUCUUCAGUGAGGAGCUAUUUGCAGAUUAGCUUUUCGAGGCAAACUGCAUCGAGAUAGAAUCACAGCUUUGGACAUUAUGCGUUGUUGUUCGAGUGCCAGUGUCUGAGCUCAUGAGUAAUUGGAUUGGAGACAUAUCUGAGACAUGGUAUAAGAAAAGAAGCGUAUACCUGACUGAACUGCAGUUGAAGAACCAGGCGAUCGUGAAUUUGACCAUGAUUUCGAGAUGUGAACCUGGCACAAACUAAAAACCGAGAAUGUCGGCUGUCAACAACAAAGGCACGCAGUACGACCCGCCACAGGCUUCAUCGUGUACUGACGAGCCUGAAAGUGCAGCCAAAGGGAAAGACAAUGUGGAUUUGGUUGGAAUUUCAAGUGACGAAGAACCGCCGAUAUUGCCACCGAGAGUGUCCAUAACACCACGCUCCGGACUGAAAUCAAGAAGCACAAACAGACACCGUAGAAGUUGCCAACGGCGUUCGGGUGCUAUCGACGAGCUGCAGAUAAACGCCGAGAGAACAUCGGGCAGCACCGGCACAAUUUCGAGCGAUACGAAGAAACCUUCGGAAAACACCGGCAAGCUUUCGGCUCGCACCGACAAACCUUCGCCAAACUCCGGUAGACUUUCCAAGGUGAUCGGGAAUCACACCAGGAAGGAUCAUGAAGCUGCUCCGGUGGCAUGGACGGCCGAAUAUCGCAGUAAAUUGAGCGAAGAGGACCGAAUGAUGAGACUGCAAAUCACAGCUCAGAAUUCACAUCCGGAGUGUCUCAAGCCCGCGACGGCAGCGGGGCUGACGCGACGACUGACCAUCGGGAAUUACUUGCCGAAACUCUCCUCGGUCCAAUUCGUCGUCAAGAACGAAGUGAAUUUCUGGCCGUCUGCUAAGGGAGGAACUGAUGAGGGAGUUGGACGGAGUAGGGAGCGAGUGACCUACUCACGGCACGCGGUGCGCGGGACAGGUGUGCAUUCCGCCCGGUUGAGAACAGAUGAAGAACGCCGGAGAUCCAACUUGACUCCCAGACUACCACCUGCAAGGAAAGGAGCCAUUGUGACCAACCGAGUAUUCCUUGUGUCUCGCUCAUCCAACCGGUCUGUGCAAGGCGUAUCAAACCCCAUCAGGCCUGCCUCAGAACCUGCUCGUUUACAUCGUCACGAAGCCUCUGCCCCGUCAGCCAAACACGCCAGGCUACAACGCUGCUCUGUCUCCAAAGAAGACUUGAGCAAACCGAUCGAGCGAGUAGCGACAGCCAACCGCAACCACCCACGCCCGCCGCCAUCGGACGCGUCGGUCCCCACGCCGUCCGAGUACGAAGAAGCCACGGGGAAAGUCCGCGCGUGGAUCACGCACAGAGAGCGUGAAAAUGAAUCUCAACCCAACCCCGAGAUGACGACUGAACGAUCACCCAGAAUCUCGUGGAACACGGGAAUGAGCCCUGUGCAGCGAGAUUUGAUGUUACCACUACGGAAGGCACAUCCCUUGGUUCGAUCGACUCUGACCGUUGGGAACUUUAUGACUGACGGAACCACGAGUAAAGGUGUUUCGGCUCGUGUUGCAGCACUGCGGAUGGACGGUAACAGAAGGCAAAUUGGUGUUCCCUUCUAAAACAUGUAGUUACAAAAACUUCAAAACAUGUACGAGAGGCACCCUAAAAUGUUGUGAGGCGCGAUCACCAACUCUAGUCACAUCAAUAACUUGCUCCUAUAGCCGAGGACGUAUACGUUUGAAGUGAUGGCGCGCAUCAUUUUCGAACUCUUAAACUCAUGCUUGCAACUCCAUUAUUUGAUUGCACACUGUUUUUAUCAUUUAAUUGGUGUUAUUUGAUUUUUUUUGUUUGAUUCAAUUUGCCCCUAUUUUAACACCUCGCCAUCUGCACAUUAUUUAUUAUGACAAUUAUUGUCACGACACAGACCUGUGGUCUAAGCUACGUUUAACUGGUAAUUAUUAAGUUUUGCUUGCGGAAAUAAUAGUGUGCAAUAUAUAAGUUCAUUCUGUGACGUCAUCUGAAAGUUUGUUAUUCUUGCCGUCUUCGGAGUGACAGUCUCGAUGAUAUGACAAACUUUGUUCGUUUAUUUUGGUCAGACAAAUUUUUACAUGCAAAUUGAUCAGAGCUAGGCAUUGGCAUUCAGGUAGCAUAGUUUGCCACAUGCACAAGCUAUCACAAGAGUCCUUUGUUUCAAUUGAGUGUGCCGAAUUGUAUCACUCCGGGAAAAUAAAUUUGAAUUAUUCAAAGCACAGUCUA